AUGGGGUUGCAAUCUACCUUAUUCGAACGGCUACAGACCGAAUUUUGUCCUCCACUGGAUACAUCACUUUUGGCAGCGUUAAUAGCUGACAUAGAAAGCGACGACAAUGGUAGCUUUGUUGAACCAUCAUCGACAGCCAUUGCCAGCCUUCGAAUCUCGCUGACUGAACUUGCUGCUGAAGCCGAGACCUCUCAACUGUCCGAGCAAUAUGCGAACCUCAACUUGGGAUCAGGUUGUUCCGACGAUACAACCAGUACGCCCAGUGCAUAUAUAGGAGAAACUGCAUCAUCGAGCGCUUCUGGUUCAAUGUCGUCGCAGUCUUCAUUUAGCUCCCCUCUAGGUUUUCUGCAAGCCGCUCUCCCGCACAUCAAAUACGACUGCUUAAACCGAGCACUAUCUAAUACUCAACCCGGUGAUAGGCGAGUUGGACAUAUACGGGAGAUGGAAGAGCGGGGUCUUGAUGGAUUGGAGGGCGCAGACGACAUGGAGAAUGAGUCUUCGUGGACCACAGUUUAUUCAAAGAAGAACGCUGUUCCUCUCAGAGAGUACAAGGCUAAGGCUACUGUGAAGAAGAAAAGGAGGAACAAAUCAACCGCCCUUACAGAUAUUCGCCAGCAACACCGAUACGCACCCGUUCGAUCGAAUAUAUCAGACAGGUGGACUCAACUAUCAUCUCUAUCGACUCAUGUGUCGACGUUCCUACCACCGUACGAACCUUCCUUCUUCCUCUCCUAUUUCCAUUCCCCAAGCUACUCUUCCCCAUAUGCAGCACUUCGUUCUGCUCUUUCCAUGAUCAACAAGUUGCAUCAAUCCGAUAUCGACGAUAUACCCGUUCUUGAUACCCUGCUUGACCUGUUGCUCUCAAUGUACGAGCAUUUAAAUUCAGAAGAGCAAUUACAACUUAAAUCGGACGCCGAACUUUGUGUUAAUGCCACCCAAGGAAGAGGUGAUGACGCCCUUGAACUUGUCAAACUCCUACGAGAGCUCGAUACCGAUUCCUCUUCCGGCUGUCUGGAGAUGGGCGUGUAUCACGUUCCUCAGCCGACACCUUCGUCUCAGAAUAUAUCGGGCCCUCUGAACUCACUAGAACCUCCAUCCUCGCCGUUACCUCUGAAAACACGAGCUGCAUCUGUACCCCCGGCAACAGUUCAUAAACCGAGUCUGUAUCAAUGGCAAUCUGUCAAGCGGCAGAAGAGACCAGAACGUACUCCACAGUCACUACCCAUUCACAUCCCAGCUUACACGAGGGACGUUAAUGGGAUGAAAGUCAAAGGAAGCGGCAAUGGAAUCGGCAAAGGUGGUAAAGGCGACGUGGGGGAACUCGACAAAUACAGAAGGCGGAUGAAUGAGAGUAUGCGGAAGAGGGAUGAGAUGCUCAAGGAAGCAGCGUUAAUGUGGCAGCGCGGAAACAGCAAAAGCAGAGGUGGGGAGGUAGCCAUGUAUUAUGCUGAAAGGGCGCGCGAACUCCAGGAAAUGGCCAAGAAUGACGCGCUGCAUGUUGCAUACAUGAUGGCGGACGCCAAGAGAGUUGCAUCAAAUGAACCGAAUACUGUGGAUCUGCACGGAACGACUGCCGCCGAAGCCAUCCACAUUGUGAAAGAGACUUUGGAGACGAUAGACCUGUCUGCCAAGCCUCUGAAAGUUAUCACGGGGCGUGGUAGUCACUCUGUCAAUCAAGUCAGUGUGUUAAAGCCCGCUAUUCGAAUGGCCCUUACAGAAGAUGGAUGGUCCGUCAGCUCCUGGGACGCCGGACUAAUCAUUCGGGGAAGACGUGCUGGAGCAUCAUAA